AUGAAGCCGUCCAUUUAUGAUAGAAUCCUGCAGAGGGAAUUGGGCCAUCACUCAUCGAUUUCUAAUCUCAAAGGCGUCUACAGCGCCUCCGAGUGGAUCGAUGACUUGGACAUUGUCAAUGAGCUGGGUGGACAUACCGGAUGUGUCAAUGCCUUGAGCUGGUCCAAAUCAGGGCGGCUGCUAGCAUCCGGGUCCGAUGACACAUACCUUAACUUAUACUCCUACCAGCCUGAUUCAUCUACUUCUCCGUUUGCGCUCAGUACCUCAAUAUCAACUGGCCAUAAAGCCAAUAUCUUCUCGGUCAAGUUCAUGCCACAUUCCAACGACCAAACUCUGAUUACCUGCGCCGGCGACUCUGAAGUGAGAGUGUUUGAUAUCGAAUACUCUUUCCGAAAUGGCUCCGCCGCUCCUGUCACAGACGCGUUCGCCGCAUCAAGGAGCAGGCGGAUGACUGAUUUCUUCGCCGGAGUCCGUCAUUUGAGUCACCAGAAUACCAACGGUCGCGUCUACCGCUCACACUCUGAUCGCGUCAAGAGAAUUGUUACCGAGUCAUCCCCCUACUUAUUCCUGACCUGUUCGGAAGACGGUGAAGUGCGCCAGUGGGAUUUGCGGCAACCUUCCUCUUCGUACCCCGCACCACGCGGUGGGCAGGGUUUCAUGGCUUACAGGCCUGGUCUAUAUCACGAUGAUUCUAACAUUCCGCCCCCUUUAAUUUCAUAUAAGCGCUACCAUCUUGACCUUAACACCAUCUCGUGUUCUGCAUCCCAGCCACAGUACAUUGCGCUGGGUGGUGCCCAUCUUCAUUGUUUCCUCCACGAUCGUCGCAUGAUCGGACGUGACUUGUUAGCCGAGAAAGGCCAAUUGAACGGUUUUUCUCCCUCGGAAGGUACCUAUGAGGAUGAUGUUAUGAGCAAUGCGACUCGAUGUGUUCGAAGAUUCGCUCCGAGAGGCCAAUCAAGAAUGAAACCUCAUGACAAUGGCCACAUUACUGCUUGCAAAAUUAGCGAUGCGCGACCAAACGAGAUUUUAGUCAGCUGGUCUGGAGACCAGAUUUACAGUUUUGACCUGAUCCGCAGUCCGGAUGCCAGGGAGAACCAGAAGAAUGGCCACGCAUUGAAAAUGACCACCACACAUAAAAAGCGUAAGCGUGAAAAGGUCGCUUCCGCAACAUCCCUAGCGAGUGCGAAUAGGAGACCUCACUCCCGUCUUCGGUCAGAAGAAUCCCCUAUCGACGAUUUAGAAAUGUCUUUCGGUGUCCGCUAUGGCAAUGGAGAAUCAGCAAAUGUUCCAAUCUCGUUGACGGAGGACCUGAACAGUGAUACCCCCGAGCAUGUUAUUGAAAGGGCGCGAAUUUCGGUUCUGACUGAAGCACAAAAGCUGAGUCUGGAAAUUGCAAAAGGUCUGGUGAAAAUGCGAAAAGCUCUGUUCUCUCUUGAAGCAUCGGUCCGCGAGACGUCCCAGGCCCAACGUCACUACGAUGUCGCCUCAUAUGAGCCUUCGUUCACAGCAGCCCUAAGUCAUGCGUCAACCUGCCUAAAACAGAUGGAUGAGGUUCAUAGGCAUUGGAGGUAUCCAAUCAAUCCUUCUGCAGAUGUUGUGAUGUUUCAGCAGACUCUGCGGCGGAAUCGUGAAGCUGUUCGACGUUUCGUCCAAGCCUCGGGGACUGUGGCUCUUUCUUUAGGUGCACGUGUAGAAGGUACUCAUCAAGCAGAGGCCUUUGAUCGAAUAGUACCAGCGCCUUCAGAGGAUGGUAUAAUUGAUUCGGAAUCGCAGUUCGCAUAUGACUUUUUGAAGGCAAUUCUCCUCUGGAUUGAUGGUGGUCGUGAGUCUCUUGUUGAAGGAUUCAAGCUGAACCAGAAUUCUCCUCGCAAUCGCUCUCGGUUUCCCAUACCAGAAGAUCAGGGUGAUCGUGCAAUUGAGCAUUGUCUUAUUCCUUAUCUGCGAGAUUUAGCUGGAUCCUCGCCAAUCGUUGAUGUAGAUGCUUCUCGCUUUGAGCGCGAUGAAUCUCGUAUAGUUUUCCACACACAACAAGCUGCCGUUGCGGCUUUUGAGAAAGCUGUCGGGCUCCCUUUGGAAGAAUUGGAUGGCAUUGCCGCUAGAGAGGAUGAAGAUGAGCCGUCUGAACGAAUCGUGCGUGCUUUGAACAGACGUGCGGCCGCUAAAUUCUGGGGGCUCAAAGUUGGGAGAGGCAUAUUGAUGAGAAUCGGUGAAGGUAUCAAUUUUGAAUUCGCCAAUCGUGCAUUUGGUGGCUUGCGGACCUUUUUGAAAGAUGACGAUGAUAUCGAGAGCGAGCGAGUACAAAUAGAGAUCGACACGGAAGAUGACGAAGACGAUAUUGAAAAACUUCGUUCGAUUGCUAACCGAGUCAACAGACGAAGCUCAAUCUUACAUAGCAACCACGGAACUGGAGAACCAAUACAAUUUGGCCCGUAUGGUGAUUCAUCACAAGAUGAGUCUGAUGACUUUGACAUGUUUGGUGAAGGAACGAACCAUGGAUUUGUCAAGGAUGUUAACUAUUACGGAUUGAAUGAUGAGUAUGUUGUUAGUGGGUGUGAUUCCGGACAUGUCUUCAUCUGGGAUCGCAAAACGGCCAAAUUGGUGAAUAUACUUGAAGGAGAUGGAGAAGUUGUGAAUGUCGUCCAAGGUCAUCCGUACGAACCUACAAUGGCAGUUUCUGGAAUUGACAACACAAUCAAAAUAUUUUCUCCAGACAGGCGCGCACAGGAUGACGCUCACCACGGCCUUAAUAUAUUAAAUCCUGACCACCCAGCAAAUAUGUUCGGCAGUCGCCCGCGCACUACUGCCGAUGGUUCCCAAGUGUUUGGUCUUCGAAGCUGUAAAAGGAUCAAAAACAGCUAUCAAAUCAUGAGCCAGAACGAUAUUGAAAGACAAGGCGGACUGAGUGAUGCUUACAUAACGAGAAGUAUGUUGGCUCGGCUCGCAGUGUCACUCGGACAGCGUCGGGCAAUGGGCCAUGCCCACCCUGCUCCUGCGGAAAUUGGCGAAGAUGCUACCAUUGUGCUUGACGAAAACUGCACAAUGAUGUGA